AUGGCGGACGACGAUACAAUAAUCCGGCGUCGCCUGCUGACACGUACGAGCACCGUGGGCAAGACUGGGCUCAAGAAAUGCGCCGAGACGAUGCUGUCCCUCGUUGAGCUACUGGCGGAUGAGUCGGUGGACGAUGCCACGUGCAAACAGGAACUGGACGGUUUGUUCUGGGAGAUGGAGCAGCUGCAGUUUGAAGCCAACAAGACGGAGAUCUGGAAUUAUACAUGCGACCGCGAGCUGGAGGAGUACGAGACGCUCAAUUCAGAGAUUGACACAAGUAUCGCCAAAGUUACCAAGGAGAUCGAGGAACUCAAGGUCAAAGUGCACGUGGAAAAGACUGUGCGGGCCUAUAAAGAGGAGUACGAGUCCAUUGCCAGAGUCAUCAACGAACUGCCGUCCAGGAAGGAGAUUCAGGCGGAGAUUGAAGGACAGAAGAAGAGACUGGAGGAAGCCUCGGCGGCUAUUGAGGCUGUGGACGGGACAUUGGAUCUACGUACCAAGCAGUUCGCUCUGUUGAUGAACACAAUUCAGAACUUGAAGGCCACGCUGGAGGAAGACGCGGGGAUGGACGAAGAACAGCAAGACGAAGAUGAGGAUAUGGAGGAUGUCGAGAGUAAAGAGAAGGAGAACGUUCGCAAAUUCCAGAUGUACCCGUAUUAUUUCAAAUUCUUACAGGAAGAAUAG